GUCAUAAUAAGUAAAGGCAUUUAUUUUUUUAAACGGUCGAGCGCAAACACAACAGCGAAACCAGGAAAUGCAACCUUGGGUGAUAUUCCCACAUUGUUGUUCGCUUUUAUAGAGGUGUCACUAUUUCGGUUUGAGAGUUUCCGUCUGGAACUGAUAGAGGAACCGAUGGGAAUUAUUUGCAAUGAAGUGGUGUCAUGAGUAGAAACCACUGGGUUUCGACUUGUGCAUGUCAGUGGAAACUUCGGGAGACAGAGCACUGACACGAAUGAAUGUCCACGGAAGUUGCAAUGUAUUCUGAUGAGGAUAACCAGAAUUAUGAGGACUGGAUGUCAAGUUUGCCCGAGGAGCUGUGGGAUGUGCCUCUUUCAAGUCUCGCCAUACCAGGAAGUCAUGAUGCUAUGAGCUACUCCCUGGACAUCAACUCUCCUCUGAUCCGCUCUGAGUCUGACACCUUUAGACUCCUGGAUGGUCUCUUCUACUGCCUCACCAGACCUGCUAUCUACAGGUGGUCUACCACGCAGGAAAAAGGUAUUGUGGAGCAGCUAUCAGAGGGGAUUCGAUACUUCGACCUCCGAAUCGCCCACAAACCGUACGACCCGUCCAACGAACUGUAUUUCACACAUGUCAUUUACACUCAUCUGACAGUGGUGGAAACUCUGAGGUCCGUAGCCUCGUGGUUGGAGUCUCACCCCAGGGAGGUUGUUAUCCUAGCAUGCAGUCACUUUGAAGGACUCAACGACAAACUACAUGAACAUUUCAUUUUCUCACUGAAGAAAAUCUUUGGGUCUAAACUCUGUCCUCGCAAGGAGACAGUGGUGACCCUGCGUGGUCUGUGGGCAUUGGGUUACCAGGUACUGCUGUCGUAUGAUGACCAGUCAGCAGCACGACACCAGGCUCUGUGGCCAGGUAUACCGUACUGGUGGGCCAACCAAUACACGGCCAGCGGGGUGGUCAGCUAUAUGGACUGGCAGAAAGACAUGGGACGCCCAGAUGGUUUCUUUGUGUCUGGUCUGAACCUGACGGCUGACCGCUCCUACAUCGCGCUGCACCCCCGUCAGUCCCUGCAGACCCUAACUCUGGCUAACUGGAAGGAGCUGAGGCCAUGGCUGGAGGAACAGGUCCCUGGACCACACUCUAACAACCUCAACAUCAUAGCAGGAGACUUUAUAGGACCUGUCCCCUUCUGUCCUCUGGUCAUCAACCUCAAUAGAAAACUGUUACGGCAGCAGAGGAUGGAUGAGAGGAGAGGAUGGAUGAGAGGAGUCUUAGAGGAGAGGAUGGAUGAGAGGACUCUUAGAGGAGAGGAUGGAGGAGAGGAUGGAUGAGAGGAGUCUUAGAGGAUGGAUGAGAGGAGUCUUAGAGGAGAGGAUGGAUGAGAGGAGUCUUAGAGGAGAGGAUGGAUGAGAGGACUCUUAGAGGAGAGGAUGGAUGAGAGGAGUCUUAGAGGAGAGGAUGGAUGAGAGGAGUCUUAGAGGAGAGGAUGGAUGAGAGGAGUCUUAGAGGAGAGGAUGGAUGAGAGGAGUCUUAGAGGAGAGGAUGGAUGAGAGGAGUCUUAGAGGAGAGGAUGGAUGAGAGGACUCUUAGAGGAGAGGAUGGAUGAGAGGAUGGAUGAGAGGAGUCUUAGAGGAGAGGAUGGAUGAGAGGACUCUGAGAGGAGAGGAUGGAUGAGAGGAGUCUUAGAGGAGAGGAUGGAUGAGAGGACUCGGAGAGGAUGGAUGAGAGGACUUAGAGGAGAGGAUGGAUGAGAUGAUGGAUGAGAGGACUCUUAGAGGAGAGGACUCUUAGAGGAGAGGAUGGAUCAGAGGAGUCUUAAAGGAGAGGAGGACUGACCGACCUACAGAUGAGAAAUAAAAUACCUGGUUUAGGGAGUAAUUCCAUCAAAAAUACGUAAUUCAAAGAGAACAGAAAACUGCUACAUCAGCAAAGUUACGACUGAGGACAACCAGUCAUUAUUUAGUUUCACUGGGAAUCAUACAGACCAUAGAAAGUCAUUCCAAUAGAAGCCCUAGAUACUUCAGAAAUGGUUCACACCCUUGACUUUUUACACAUUUUGUUACAGCCUGAAUUUAAAAUUGAUUAAAUUGAGAUUUUGUGUCACUGGCCUACACAUAAUUCCACUUUGACAUGUGGUAUUAUGUUUUUAGAAAUGAUUUAAAAAUGAAAAGCUGAAAUGUCUUAAGUCUAUAAGUAUUCACCCCUUUUGUUAUGGCAGGAGUAAAAUGUACAAGUCACAUAAUUAGUGUCAUGGACUCACUCUGUGUGCAAUAAUAGUUUAACAUGAUUUCUGAAUGACUACCUCAUCUCUGUACCCCACAUAUACAAUUAUCUGUAAGGUCCCUCAUCUCUGUACCCCACACAUACAAUUAUCUGUUAGGUCCCUCAUCUCUGUACCCCACAUAUACAAUUAUCUGUCAGGUCCCUCAUCUCUGUACCCCACACAUACAAUUAUCUGUUAGGUCCCUCAUCUCUGUACCCCACAUAUACAAUUAUCUGUUAGGUCCCUCAUCUCUGUACCCCACACAUACAAUUAUCUGUUAGGUCCCUCAUCUCUGUACCCCACACAUACAAUUAUCUGUUAGGUCCCUCAUCUCUGUACCCCCACACAUACUGUAAGGUCCCUCAUCUCUGUACCCCACACAUACAAUUAUCUGUCAGGUCCCUCAGUCGAGCAGUGAAUUCCACACAGAUUCAACCACAAAGACCAGGGUGGUUUUUACAAUGCCUUGCAAAGAAAAGCACCUAUUGGUAGAUGGUAAAAAAAAGAAAGCAGACAUUGAAUAUCCCUUUGAUCAUGGUGAAGUUAUUAGUUAUACUUUGGAUGGUGUAUCAAUAAGCCCAGUCACUACAAAGAUACAGGUGUCCUUCCUAACUCAGUUGCCGGAGAAGAAGGAAACUGCUCAGGGAUUUCACCAUGAGGCCAAUGGUGACUUUAAAACAGUUACAGAGUUUAAUGGCUGUGAUAGGAGAAAACUGAGGAUGGAUCAACAACGUUGUAGUUACUCCACAAUACUAAACUAAUUGACACAGUGAAAAGAAGGAAGCCUGUACAGAAUAAACUAUAUUCCAAAACAUGCAUCCUGUUUGAAAUAAGGCACUAAAGUAAAACUGCUAAAAAAAUUGGCAAAGAAAUGAUCUUUAUGUCCUGACUACAAGGUGUUAUAUUUUGGGCCAAUCCAACACAUCACUGAGUACGACUCUUCCUAUUGUCAAGCAUGGUGGUGGCUGCAUCAUGUUAUCGGUGUGCUUACCAUCGGCAAGGACUAGGGAGUUUUUUAUGAUGAAAAGAAACGGGAAUAGAGCUAAGCACAGGCAAAAUCCUAGAGGAAAACCUGGUUCAGUCUGCAUUCCAGACACUGGGAGAUUAAUUCACCCUUCAGCAGGACAUUAACCUAAAACAAAUAGGAGGACAAAUAUAGACUGGAGUUGCUUACCAAGAUGACAGUGAAUGCUCCUGAGUGGCCUAGUUACAGUUUUAACUUAAAGUCGGCUUGAAAAUCUAUGGCAAGACUUGAAAAUGUCAGUCAAGCAUUGAUCAACAACCAACUUGACAGAGCUUGAAAAAUUUACAAAAGAUUCAUGUGCAAAUAUUGUACAAACCAGGUUUGCAAAGCUCUUAGAGACUUACCCAGAAAGACUCACAGCUCUUAGAGACUUACCCAGAAAGACUCCCAGCUGUAAUCGCUGCCAAAGGUGAUUCUAACAUGUAUUGUCAGAGGGUGUGAAAACAUCUCUAAAUUAGAUAUUUCUGUAUUUCAUUUUCAAUACAUUUGCAAAAAAAACAACAUGUUUCAGUUUGUAAUUCUGGGGUAUUGUGUGUAGAUGGGUAAAACAACAUGUAUUCAGUUUGUCAUUCUGGGGUAUUGUGGGUAGAUGGGUAAAACAACAUGUAUUCAGUUUGUCAUUCUGGGGUAUUGUGGGUAGAUGGGUAAAACAACAUGUAUUCAGUUUGUCAUUCUGGGGUAUUGUGGGUAGAUGGGUAAAACAACAUGUAUUCAGUUUGUCAUUCUGGGGUAUUGUGGGUAGAUGGGUAAAACAACAUGUAUUCAGUUUGUCAUUCUGGGGUAUUGUGGGUAGAUGGGUAAAACAACAUGUUUCAGUUUGUCAUUCUGGGGUAUUGUGGGUAGAUGGGUAAAACAACAUGUUUCAGUUUGUCAUUCUGGGGUAUUGUGGGUAGAUGGGUAAAAACAACAUGUUUUCAGUUUGUCAUUCUGGGGUAUUGUGGGUAGAUGGGUAAAACAACAUGUUUUCAGUUUGUCAUUCUGGGGUAUUGUGGGUAGAUGGGUAAAACAACAUGUUUUCAGUUUGUCAUUCUGGGGUAUUGUGGGUAGAUGGGUAAAAACAAUGAAUAACUUUUAUUCAGGCUGCAACAACAUGUGGACUAAGGCGAGUAUGAAUUCUCACUGAAGCCCCUGUACCUCAUACCUACGCUGAAGCCCCUGUACCUCAUACCUACGCUGAAGCCCCUGUACCUCAUACCUACGCUGAAGCCCCUGUACCUCAUACCUACGCUGAAGCCCCUGUACCUCAUACCUACGCUGAAGCCCCUGUACCUCAUACCUACGCUGAAGCCCCUGUACCUCAUACCUACGCUGAAGCCCCUGUACCUCAUACCUACGCUGAAGCCCCUGUACACUCCGUAUUCCCCUUUCAACAGAAAAACUGUUACAUGAAUCUUACAGUACAGGUCAAUAUUUUGUUUUAGAGGGUCAUUAAGCCCACCAAAAGUCAUUCCAAAAGAACCACUAAAUAGGCUACCUCUUAUUCAUACAUUCGUUUUUCCUUUUUCUAUGCAAAUGGAUAUUCAAAUAUGUACAGGAAUAUUCUACUUUUUUACAGUGAUGAUAUAUUCAAUUUAAGAGAUCACAUGUUACACAUGCACUGUUUCUCCACUGAAACAAGCAGAUCCAGCCCAGGUGAGAUGUGAAACAUGAUAGACAGUUAAUAAUUAAUCAAUAUACUGUCAUACCUUGUCACUUUCCUGUUAAUAUAUUUACAUUAAAAUGCAUUUUAUCAUUCAUACAACAA